GUGAGAAGAGACAGAGGACAGAGAAGACUGGUCGUGCUCAGAGCUGCUUCACCUUCAUCUCUUCUCCAACAGAUAAACGACUCAGAGGCUGAUCAGACAGACUGAGAGAUCAGAGCUGCUGUACCUGAUUCACCAAACAGAAAACUCACAAGGUUCUCCAUCUCAACUCCUGGGAAGCCGUUACCAUGGCAACCCAUGUUUGAACUUGUCUUUACUGCAGAUAUGCCUCAUCCAAAUAUGGGAACAUCAUUUCCAUAAGUGAUUUAAUCAAACCAGGACAUCCCAAUAUCUACCAGCUGAAACCAAAGAAAGAAGACGUUCAACCUCCGAGAACAAAGAAAGAGAACAUUGGAACUCUGACAAGAAUGACUCUUGGUGAAAAAAGUCAAAACAAGAAUAACAAAACCAUCUUACUUGUUGGUGAAACAGGAUCAGGAAAAUCUACUCUGAUCAACGCUCUGGUCAACUACGCCAUGGGAGUGAAGUGGGAUGAUGAUAUCUGGUUUAAGAUCGUAGAGGAGGAGAAGAGAAGUCAAUCAAGAAGUCAGACAUCAGAUGUGAUCGUGUACCAGAUCUUUGGAUUUGAAGGUAAACCUCUGCCCUACUCUCUGACCAUCAUCGAUACUCCUGGAUAUGGAACCACUGAUGGGAUCGAACAUGAUGACAUCAUCAGUCAAAGAUUAACUGACUUGUUCCAGUCAGACGAUGGAGUUCAUGAGAUUAAUGCAGUGGGUCUGGUGAUGAAAGGGAGUGAGAAUCGACUGAGUGACCGACUGAGGUACAUCUUUGAUUCAGUGAUCUCUCUGUUUGGAAAAGACCUGGAGAAGAACAUUGUUGCCCUCAUCUCACACUCAGAUGGUGUGACACCUGAAAAUGUUCUGAAAGCUCUUGAGGAUGCAAAAAUUAAAUGUGCCAAAGACGAAGAUGGUGAGCGUGUUCAUUUUAUGUUCAACAACCACCAGAGCAGAGAGAAAACAAAGAAAAAUAAGGAUGCUCUAAAAGCUGCAUGGGUAAUGACAAUUAACCAUAUGGGUGAAUUUGCUGAUUUCCUGACUCAACAAUCCUAUCAGAGCCUGAUGACAACUAUUAAAGUUAUGAAAUCCCAAACCAGACUGACAGCCUGCAUCAACAACCUGCAGGAGAGCAUCAAGGAUAUUGAUCUAAAACAGAAUGAAAUCCAUCAGACUGAGGAAGCUCUGAAGAAACAUGAAGAAGAGAUGAAGAAGAAUAAGAAGUUCACUGAAGAAGUUGAUGAGCCGUACAGAGUUAAACAAAGAGUUGUAAGAGAGAGGAGGUUGUGGGCACUUAGUUUAAAUUAUGGAGGAGCUGUCUGCUGUACUGUCUGUAAGGAGAACUGUCACUAUCCAUGCACAAUGGCCUGGUAUCCAGAACACUGUGAUGUCAUGAAAGAUGGCCGCUGCACUGUCUGUACCGGGAAGUGUCCUGCAUCAGUUCAUGUGAAGGAAGAACAAUGCACUGACUGUGAGGGUGAGUGUUCAGAUGAAUCAAGGCAUCCCAAAAACCCCUGGAUCUAUGUGACCAAGACAAGGAAAGUUAAGACGACUCUAACGGAUAGGAAGGAGAACUAUGAAAAGAACAAGGCAGAAAGUGAGGACAAGUCAAGCCUUUUGGAAACUCUUAAAAAAGACAUGGAAGCACUUCAGCAAGAAAAAGAUCGGUUGUUGGAAAAGUCCUUUCAGCAUGUUGUCAAAUUGGAGCAGAUCGCCCUGAAUGUAAAUUCACUGUCCACUCAUGUCCAGUUGGACAUCCUGAUUGAGGAGAUGAAGGAGAAAGGAGAUGCAGUGAAGGAGAAAAAACUGCAAGAGAUGAAAAGUAAAAUGGAUAAAGAUGAAGGAAUCAAGGCAGCGCUGCGCUACAAGUCUGGUAAACUAAGAGAUUAAUAAUUGGUGUUGGUAAAGAAGUAGUGAUGAAGUAGAUGAACAGAAUCACUGAGAGCAGACAGCUGUGUAGAAAACAAGUUCCACACUGAUGAUCCAAUGUUUCAUUAUAGUUGUAUUAAAUUAAUCUAUAAAAUGUGAUGAGAUUAAAAAUGUAAUCAUCUUUUAUAUGUUAAAUGUGUAAUUCCUGGAAACAGCGCCCUCUGUGAUGUAAUAACUGUUUCUGUUUGUGUUGUAUUUGUUUCAUGUUUUAUCAUCAUAAAUUACUACAGAUUAGAGAACAGCUCUGGUUUUAAAUGCAGUGAGGACC